AUGGAUCUGGAGAAGGGCCGUGGUCGGUCCAAGGGUUUGAGCACCUUGGAAAAAUGUUUGAUAUUUCUCUUUGUGGCCAUGACCGGCGCCUGCAUCGGCCUGGUGGUCGUCUACUUCACGGAUAAAGCCGAUUCUCCCACUGAUAUAGAAGAGCUGAAAUCGGGUUGUGGAGGUUCCCGGGAGCUGUCCGGAGAGUCUGGCACCUUCACCAGCUGGAACUACCCCAACAGCUACGACAACGGCAAGAGCUGCACCUGGCAGAUCACAGUGGAUCCUGACAAGGUGAUCCAACUGUGGUUUGAGGAGUUUGCUUUGGAGGAGACGAUGCUCUGCUCGGCCGACUUCGUCACACUGAGAGACUCUCUGGGAAUCAUUGGUAAAUACUGUGGCUACUCCAAACCGCAGCCGUCGGUGUCUCUGACAAACCAUCUCUCGGUCUACUUCGACACCAAUGACAGAAAGACAGACCAAGGAUUCAAGGCUCAUUACAAAGCCGUGGCUCCAGGGCUCGCAUCCGAAAUAGCCGGAGCUGGUGGCUUUCUCCAAGGUGACCAGGGGGAUCUGAUGACCCCUCACUUCCCUGAGAAGAACUACCUGAACGGAGCUUUAUACCAGUGGAGAAUCACAGUGCCUGAGGGCGAAAAGGUCCGACUGACAUUUACCUCCUUCGACCUGGUCCUCGAGGCCUGUGCAGACUUCGUUCAGGUCUAUGAUGGUGACAAGGCUGGUUCCUCUUCAAUGGGUAAAUUCUGUGGAGGAGAGAUACCGAAGCCGGUGUUGUCCAGCAGCAACACGAUGGUGGUCCGCUUCAAAUCCGACAGCACUUUGACUUCAAAAGGAUUCAAAGCUACUUACACAAAGUCCAGUCUUCCACCUGUUGUAGUUCCCACCACAACGAAACCCCCACCCACAGCUACACCCAGACCCACCACACCACAACCUCCUACAUCCUCAGGAGUAACCUCUGGGCGCAGAGGAGUAAUCCAGUCCCCAGGUUUCCCAAAUACAUACCCUGCUCAUCAGAACAGCUCGUGGAAGAUUUCCGUGUCCAAAGGAUUGCUGGUCAAGCUGCAGAUCAGUGAACUGGCCAUCACAGGAGAGACUGGACAAUGCAAAGAGGACAAACUGGUCAUCUCAGAUGAGUACAGUGUUCUGGGCACACACUGCGGCAACAUCCUCCCCCCAGUGGUGGUCAGUGCCAGCGAAACACUGUCUGUCACCUUCCAGUCCGACAGUCGCCUCACAGACCGAGGAUUCUCUGCCAAGUGGGAGGCUGUGUAUCCUGAGGAUAUCACAGAAAUCCAGGGCUGUGGGGUUUCGUCCAAAGAGGAAACCGGUGUCAUCAAGUCCCAGAACUGGCCUAUGAACUACAAGGCCAACUCUGAGUGCAUGUGGAACAUCGCUCUGCCUCAGAGGAAAAACAUCACUCUGAAGUUCACUGACUUUGACCUAGAAGCCAAAGAUUUCCUCUCGUCCAAAUGCUUCGACAACAUCGUGGUGUACGACCUCGAUGGUUCCACCAAUGAGCUGAUUCAGAAGCACGGUCCUUUCUGUGGGACCACAUUGCCUCAAACCAUUCAGACAAGGGGCGGCAGGCUGGUGGUUCGAUUCAACUCAGACCUGUUCACUGAGGCCAAAGGCUUCAGGGCGUACUGGAGUACAAACCCCAGUCUGCCUGCUCCCACUGAGCCACCUGCUCAGCCCAACCCCUGGGACACGAUCACCAUAGACUGGCCCACAUGUGGCAAACCGGCCAUCCCUCCCACUGUAAUGUCUCGCAUCGUGAACGGAGAGCCAGCCAAAGCUCACUCCUGGCCCUGGCAGGUGUCCAUGCAGGUGUGGCCUGCCAGUCGUCCAGAACCUACUUUCUUCCACACCUGUGGUGGAACACUCAUCCAUAAGAACUGGGUUCUCACAGCGGCCCACUGCUUCAUAAACUACGCCGAUGAGCUGCAGCGUUGGCGGAUGUGCCUCGGCAAACACAACCUGACCUACACAGAGCCGAGCGAGCGCUGCUUCAACGUGUCGGGCAUCUAUCGCCACGAGGGCUUCAAGUAUCCUACGGUGCCCACGGUGGAGUUUGACAUCGCCCUGGUCCGGCUGGACGGGGAGGCGGUGACCAGCAGUGAGAUCGGGUACGCUUGCCUUCCCUCCGAGGAGGAGGUCCUGCUCAAGGACAAGAUGUGCUACGCCACCGGCUGGGGAGAUGAGACCGGAGAUUCACUUAAUGCUAAAGUUGCGGAGGCCCUUAACCAGGUGGCCUUGCCCGUUGUGCCGUACGACACCUGCAAGCGGAUGGAUUACUGGUGGUUCCAGGUCAAGACCUCCAUGAUCUGCUGCGGUUACACCCUGCCUGAUGAGCUCAAGUCUGUCUGCCAGGGAGAUUCCGGUGGUCCUCUCGUGUGCCAGGAUAACGCUGGCGGCCCUUGGGAAGUUCACGGCAUCACCAGUUUUGGCCCAAUUGGAUGCAUCAUGGAUAAGAAGCCCUCUGUGUUCACUCGCUCCUCCGCCUACCUCCCCUGGAUCCAAAAUGUCAUCCGCAGAGACAUGUACAAUAAACACACAUCUGGCUGUGGAGGGGCAAAGGACUUGACUGGCACAGGUGGCUCUAUUUCCUCUAUGGGUUACCCUGGCAGCUACAGCAACAAAGCCCAAUGCCAGUGGAACAUCCAGGUGCCUGUCGGCAAACUGGUCCACCUCCAUUUCCACAAUUUCUCCCUGGAGGAGAGUCAGCUGUGCUUGAAUGACAAAGUCAGCCUCUCGGACCGAUUAGGAACUCUCGGCACCUUCUGCAGCAAUGUAGCCCCCAAGGACCUGGUGAGCGAUGGAGAAAGCCUUCACAUCUCCUUCUCCUCCAACGACAAGGUGGUGGACACGGGCUUCAUGGCCAGCUGGAAAGCAGUGGACCCCGCAGUGGCUCCUUGUGGAGGAAGCUUCAGCAGUGCUCAGGGUGAAAUCACCUCUCCUAACUGGCCCAGUCACUACCAGGCCCAGUCUGUGUGCACGUGGCGUAUCACCAUCCCUUCAGCGAAGAGUGUCCAUGUAGCCUUCACUCACUUUGAGCUGCAGGCCAUGAACGUGUUAGGAAACUGUGUGGACUAUGUGGAGGUCUUCAGUGGAGAAAGCAUGGCAUCAUCAGGACGGUUCUGUGGCUCCAGCCCUCCACUCGCCAUGACCAUCCCCGGCAACGUGGUGGUCAUUCGCUUCCUCAGUAACGGAGCUACUCAGCAGAAGGGUUUCCGGGCUUACUGGACCACAGACGCCAGUGUUGUCCCAACGUUACCUCCACCUCCCAACCCAUGGGACAACAUCACUAUCAAUCACUUCAUAUAA